GCUACCUAGAGCCCACUACGGUCACACUAAUAGCAGACGUCACAAACGAGUACUUUUGUUUUGUUUUGUGGAUAAAAUUUUGAGUUUGCGGGGCCCGAGAGCGUGGAUAGCACCACAAACGACGGCAGCAUGGCGAGUGCAACAAGUAUUAGCAGCGCGGCUACUACAGCCUCAGGAGCACCGCCGGCAUUGACGGCAGAAAAGUGGGGAUUUCCUCUGCAGGAACUAUAUCGCCUGGCGUUCGCCUUCUACAAGCAGAAUUCCGGCAAGGCGAUCCACCUGUCCUACGAGGACAACCUGAAGUUAAUAGCCUUCAAGCAACAAGCGGCACUGGGACCUUUCAACACGAGCCGGGCGCCUGCUCUGGGCGUCUUGGAUGUGAUCGGCCGAGACCGCCAACAGCACUGGCAGCUGCUGGGUGAGAUAACACGGGAGCAGGCCAUGGAGGGGUUCGUUGAUCUGCUAGACACCAUGUGCAGCGCCUUCCGGCCCUACAUCGAGGCAGUACGACAGGACCGGGACGAAACGUUGCGCAAGGACCUGAAGCGCAUGGAAUUGGAAAAGGAGGCACGGGAGCGAAAGGAGCGCGCACAGCAGGAACUGCUCGAAGAGGGCUACAAGGAGGAACUGCAACGGCGACAGCUACAGGACGCUCUCAAUAAGCAGACGUACCAACAGUUUAAGCUGUAUGCCGAGAAACAGUUCCCGGGCAAUCCGGAGCAGCAGGCUGUGCUUAUCCACCAACUGCAGCGCGAACACUACCACCAGUAUAUGCAGCAGCUCCACUUGCAGAACCAGAACCAAAAUCAAAACCACAGCCACCACCAAAGUAUGGAGGAGAAGGUAGCUCAGUCGGAGGAGGAUAACUCCACCAGUAACAACAACAACGGAAGUGCCGAGCUUGUUAACGCCAUGGACGGCCUGAAGCUGGGUGAACUGGACGCACAGUCAUCGUUGGACGAGCAAAACCUGAUGGAGGAACACGGAGGCGAGCAGGAGCAGCACCAUCAGCAGCAGGGUGGCGAUGGCGAUUACGACGACUAUGUUAUGAUCCGCCCGGCUAAGAUCUGGACACGGCCCGACAUCGAGCAGUUCAAGACUGAGGUGUCCGCCGGUGAUGGUGACGGUGUCAUCACCAUUGGACACGGCGAUACCGUAACGGUUCGCGUCCCCACCAAUAUGAACGGGAAGUGCAUUUUCUGGGAGUUUGCCACGGACAGCUAUGACAUCGGUUUCGGCAUCUAUUUCGAGUGGGCCAAGCCGGUGACCAACGAGGUGACCGUGCAUGUGAGCGACAGCGACGAGGAUGAGGACUGCGUGGACGAGGACUAUCUCUCCACGACCGAGGACCUGGAGUCGGGCUCCAUUGGGCAGGAUCGGGGAGGGAUGGGCAGCCCGACCGCGGCGCCUAAGGCGCCCAUCUCCAUCAUUGUACCAAUUUACCGACGCGAGUGCUACAACGAGGUCUAUGUGGGCUCCCACUCGUAUCCGGGCGAGGGUGUCUACCUGCUAAAGUUCGACAACAGCUACAGCAUUUGGCGUUCCAAGACGCUGUACUAUCGCGUCUACUACGAACGCUAAGCGGCCAAACUUCAUUAAUAUCCUUACUAAAUACUAACCUAGAAAAUUCCUAUAUCUGUGUAUGAUCCGGCUAUAGUGCAAGACCGAAGCUGCAAUCGAAAUCCCCCCAAGGAGGUAGUACAGGUGUGUGGGUAUGUUGCUUGGAAGCAACCGUGCAACAGUUUCCGAUGAGAAAAACAAACUUUUGCAAAUCGCCUCGCGCCGAUUUUUUAUAAACCAAUAUUUAUUAUUUAGUUUUAAACUGACGAAAGACGUGUCCAAAAUUAUAUUUGAAAAUAAACUUAAAAUAACAAAGACAUACCCAACUGUAA